AUUACCCUUUAUUUUACCCAUACCUGAGUUUUGUGACUUGAACAGACCCACAACAUCCAAAUUUAGGGGGUGUUUGUUUUUUCAGAAAAGUACUUCAGAACCUCUUUUCUCUUCCCCACGCAGACCAGGCGCAGACAUAGGGGUCUGCAGCUUGUUUGUUUCUUUGAAGGGUUUUCAUUAAAAAACCUCUUCCUCACCUUUGUUUCACACAGAUGUGGUCAUAAGACUUCUGGCCUCUUCUCAAAACUUCUCCUUCAAAAAAAUUAAACCCUAAUCUUUCACAGCCGCACCCACAGCUCCUCUCCAACCCUCUCCAUGUCUGCCAUCGCUGCUCCUCCUCCGGCGCCGCCCCCACCUCUCGGCGACCGCCACCUCUCGACGACCUCCACCUCUCGACAACCUCCAUCAGCCUGCUCCACCUCUCGAGACACAGUAGAAAUGGGAGAGAAACAACAAUGGUCAAACGACCAUCUAAAAUGCUUAUUAGAGACAUGCAUUGAAGAGAUAAACACGGUGGGUAGAAAAGGCUUGAGUUUGCAUAAAGACUCGUGGAAUAAAUUAGGAAAAGUUCUUAAGGAAAAGUUUGGCUUGGAUUUGACUCAAAAACAAAUAACAAAUGAAGAAUACAUAUGAUAAUCUUAAAGCCAAAUACGUAGGUUGGGUGUAUUUGAAAAACAAAACCGGCAACAUAUACAACCCUCAAACAAAUACUUUUACCUUAACGAACGAGGAAUGGGAAGAAUUUAAGAAGGGGCAUCCAAAGGCUGCAUCAUUGAAGACAGUUCCAUUGCCUUUUCCAGAACUUUGUGCAGAAUUGUUUGAUGAAAAUACUGCAACUGGAAAUUGCAAGUGGACCUCAACCCAUGAAUCAUUUGUCCGACUAUGUGCACAUUUUAGAGUAAAUUAUCCGUUAAAGGAUAGUAAACAUGUAUCGGUUGAGAGAAGAUGGCUAUGUUUUUUUAUGAUAAUCGGUCAUAAACACAACAAUAUGUAGUUAUCAGUAGAUUUCAACACUCAAAGCAAACAAUUCAUAAAUAUUUUUAUGAAGUCUUGGAUAAAAUGAUGCUUUUUGCCAAAGAAAUGAUAGUACCAACUUCUUUCAAUCCUAAUCCAAACAUACCGGGACAUAACAAGAGACUACGACGGGUUUUUAAAGGAGCGGUUGGUGCACUAGAUGGAACUUUAAUACAUGUUGUUGUCCCUACUAGUAAACAAGAUUUAUAUAGAGGAAGAGGAAAAGGAGAUUGUUAUCAAAAUGUAUUAGCAAUUUGUGACUUCAACAUGAUUUUUACGUUCGUCGUGGCCGGAUGGGAAGGUGUAGCACAUGAUGCAAGAAUAUUAUCAGAGGCAUUAUCAGAUCCAGAUGCACCAUUCCCCUUUCCACCACAAGACAAGUAUUAUCUUUGUGAUGCCGCGUAUGCACACAUACGGGGAUUUAUGGCUCCAUAUCGUAAUGUGAGGUAUUGGUUAGGAGAUUUUUGCCGAAGACGUGCAUUGACUAAUAAAGAGAAAUUUAACCAUGCUCAUGCAAGACUUCGGAACGUAAUUGAGCGUGCUUUUGGUGUCUUGAAAGCAAGAUUCCCUAUUUUAAAGAGGAUGGCACUGUUUCCAUUGGUUACACAAAGGAACAUUACCAUUGCAUGUUUCGCGCUACAUAAUUUUAUAAGGAAAGAGGGUUUUAGCGAUGAAUUGUUUACAGAAUACGAUCAACCCAAUGUUUCAGUUCAUAAUAGGCUAGUGCACGUUGAUGCUCAUGAAGAGGAGGUUGAAGCACAUGGUACUGCAUCGGAUCGGGAAUAUAUGACUCAGUUACGAGAUGAGAUUGCUGAGCAGUUAAUGCAAAGCAUGGAUACAAUGAUUUAAAAAAAUGUUAUUAUCUUUUUUAUGAAUAUUAUUUCAGUAUUGUAUAACUAUUAAUUAAGUUUGAAUGUUGAAAAACUCUUAUAACUUUAAUAAUCAGUUUAUUUAUAUUUUAGCUUAUUUCAGCAGUUUGCAGAAGUAAAAAAACAAACAGUCUUCUUCUUGCAGAUUGCAGACAUUUGGUCCAGCACUUCUGCCACAGAUGUCUGCAGAUGUGGUCCGCAGACUACAGACGUUUUACCUCAGAAAAAAUAAACAGCACCUUGAUGUCCUUUGCUGCAUCUAACUGACACACCAAUCUUGAUCAUUAGACAUCCAGUUUGAACGUAUUCUGGAGCUACAUAUCCCCCUUGUUCUUCCUAUUACCUGAAUAAUAUAUGCUUCAUGAUAUUAGUUCGACUGUAAAAAGAAUUGCAAAUUGUUUUGGAUUGUAGAGUCAAUAGGUUAGAGU